AGUGUUCAAUGGAGGAUUUGUACCGUUUCGAUGCUGCAGCUGUUGAUAUGAUUUAAUAAUUCAAGAAAUGUUUCAAUCAAAAAGAUGCCACGUAUCUACAUUAAGAAAACCAACAGAACAUCCAUAGAUGAGCAGGAGGUGAAGAAAGCCAUCAUUGACAUCUUCAACAAUGUGAAGAGCAUUGAAGGUGCCAGUGAGUUCUACAAUAUUAAAAGACAGACAUUGCAGAGUAGGAUCAAGGAAAUAACUGCUGUUACAACUAAAGAAGAUUGGCUGAAAAAGGAUUCUGGACAGGAGAGUGAAGAAGAAAAGCCGUCAUUUGCUGAUAAAUAUGCAGCCAGGCAAGUAUUUAAUGUUAUGGAAGAGCAGAAAUUGGCAGAGUACAUCAAGAACUGUUCUGAGCUCCACUAUGGAAUGAACUAUGAACAAAUUCAAGAGUUAGCUUUUGAAUAUGCCACUAGGCUGGGAAAGGAUAUGCCUGCUAAUUGGAAAUUGAAUGGACUAGCUGGUAUUGAAUGGAUAAGGGGCUUCAUAGGUCGACAGAAAAAUUUGUCACUAAGAAAGCCUGAAAGUACAAGCCUUGCUCGUGCUAAGGGGUUUAAUAAAGUGGCUGUUGAUGAUUUUUUUGAAAAAUAUACAAAUGUUAUGGAAAAAGGGAAAUUUACUGCAAGAAAAAUUUACAAUAUUGAUGAGUGUGGUGUCACUACAGUCAUGAAACCAGUGAAAAUAGUUGCAGAAAAGGGCAAGAAGCAAGUGGGCAUUGCAACAUCAGCAGAAAGAGGGGAGUUAGUAACAUUUGUUGGAAUCAUCAAUGCUGCUGGUGGAUUUCUACCCCCUUGCCAUGUAUAUCCAAGGCUACGAAAUCCACAAGAAUAUUUGCGGGAUGAGUAUCCAGAUUCUUUAGCUUCAGGGAGUAAAAAUGGAUGGAUGACUCCGGAAUUGUUCCCUGUGGUGAUUGACCAUAUAAUCAAAAUUGUGAAACCAACACAGGAAGAUAACAUCUUGCUUCUCCUCAACAAUCACGACUAGAAUAAUAACCAAAUCAAGAGUCUACACAGAUUCACCAAAGAAGGAAAGAAUUGAGGAGAUUGAAAGGAAGAGAGAGAAGAAAUUCACCAAAAAAUUGGGCCAGAAGGGAAUGGAAAAUAGGAAGAAGGGAGCUCAGAAAAGGAAGGUAAAAAUAUUUGAUUCUGAUGAAGAGCACCCUGCUCCUUCUCAAGAAGAGCCUCCUAAAAAAACAUUUCGAAAAAUGGAAAUCAAUGAGUAUCAAAUCGAUGAUUACAUUGUAAUAAAUUACAAUAAACAAAAAUACCCAGGGCAAGUGGUUGAAAUUGUACGAGAUUUUGUUAGUCUAGUGCAUGGAGAAGGGAUUGAAAUGUUGGAGAUGGCCAGAGAAGGAGGAUGUUGGAGAAUAUGAAAUUGCUGCAAUUGUGGGUCAAAUUGACCCUCCCAGAAAAGGGAAAAGGAAUCAGUUUUUUAUUCAGGAAUUGGAUGUAUAUAGUGUAUCAUAUGUGUAUAUAGUGUAAGUGUAAAUAAUAUGGACAGUUAUCAAUUCAUUACAUUCUUUUUCCAAACAUUUUAAUACAUUUAAUCAUAUAAUUUUUCAAUAUAAUAAAAGUACAGUUAAUUUCUCAGU